AUGCACGGAUUUCAGAUCCCGGCCGGCCACCAGACUCUUGUCUACUCCAAGGUCGAUGGCCAUGAGAUCAAACUGGAUUAUUGGCUGCCCCGCAACGCCAAUGGAGCGUUGCCAGCGGUGAUUUACUAUCACGGUGGUGGAAUGACGGCAGGUUCGCGUCGAUCGUUUGAUUUUCCCCAUGGAAUGCACAGUGCUUGUCAGGAGAAUGGCUACAUAUUCAUAUCCGCUGAUUACCGGCUGUGUCACCCAUGUACAGCGUUGGACCAGAUCGACGAUGUCAAGGCCCUCUUUCAAUAUCUGGGCGGAAAGUUUGGGAUGGAAUUGCCCAGCGGCACCUCGCUUGCGUUGAAUCGUAUAGCGGUCACAGGAUCCUCAGCUGGCGCAUAUUCGGCGCGCGUAGCCUGCUUGUACGCCGAGCCGAAGCCGGCGGUACUGAUGACAGCCUUCGGUCUGGCUGGUGACUUGCUGCUCGACCAUUGGUUGACUCCAAGACCAGCUACUUCUCUUGGCCAGCUUGUGAGUUUAGACAAAGUGCCUGAAUUCCUGGCAGACAAGACUGUGGUCAGCGAUGAUCAGCAAUUCGAUUUCAAAAAGAGUCGUUUCGCGCUUACUGCUCGCUGGGAAUUGGACGGCACCAUGCUGGACAACAUCUUUGGCCACCCUGGGCUUGGCAAAGAGCUAUUGGCCGUUGAAAAAGAACAAAGGGGAGAUGCCAUCCCUUCAAAAUUGAAGCCGGCCUUCCCACAACUUUUCGUGUCGAAGGACUAUCCCCCGUCAGUCUUCGUUCAUGGCACACUAGAUGAGGUUGUGCCCAAGGAAGAAAGCAUCAAUCAGCACAGGCAGCUUGAAUAUCUGGGCGUAAAAUCUAAACUACUGCUUGUGGAGGGUGCUGGCCAUAGCCUUAUUGACCCCACAUCGGGCUUCCCGCCGACGAUGGCCAAGGGCGCGGACGAGGCUUACGAGACGGCGUUUCGCUUCAUUGUCGAGGUAAUUAACAGUAUCCAGUAG